UUCCGCGAGCAGGUCGCGGGUGCCGGCCUCGCCAUGCAGAUCUUCGUGAAGACCCUCACGGGGAAAACCAUCACCCUCGAGGUUGAGCCUUCUGAUACUAUAGAAAAUGUAAAAGCUAAGAUCCAGGAUAAGGAGGGCAUUCCUCCUGACCAGCAGCGACUGAUUUUUGCUGGUAAGCAGCUAGAAGAUGGACGCACACUGUCUGACUACAAUAUUCAAAAAGAAUCGACUCUUCACCUUGUGCUGAGACUUCGUGGUGGUGCCAAGAAAAGAAAGAAGAAGUCUUACACUACUCCCAAGAAGAACAAGCAUAAGAGAAAGAAGGUUAAGCUUGCAGUGCUUAAGUACUACAAGGUGGAUGAGAACGGCAAGAUCAGUCGUCUGCGCCGGGAGUGCCCCUCUGAGGAGUGUGGAGCCGGAGUCUUCAUGGCUAGUCACUUCGACAGACACUAUUGUGGCAAGUGCUGUCUGACAUACUGCUUCAAUAAACCCGAAGACAAGUAAAUGUACUAGACAAUAAAAAUCUGAAGUUCUGUACGGUUUAAGGAUUUA